AUGGAUGAGAAUUUAAGUCGAGGAUAUAUUCAGCUGGGUAAAGCCCGCGGUGCCAAUGACUUUAGAUUUACUAAUGGAUUCAGUCACCUAUCACCACCAGUAGACAAAUUCAAUGGGAUAUACUUAGCACUGGUGCUUGCAGGAGUUGGAUUCCUUCUACCAUACAAUAGUUUCAUCAUCGCAGUAGACUACUUCCAGAGUGAAUAUCCGGGCACAACCAUCGUGUUUGACAUGUCCCUGGUCUACAUUGUCAUGGCAUUCUUCGCAGUGCUGGCCAAUAACAUCUUAGUGGAGACACUUUCUCUCAACACCCGCAUCACUUUUGGUUAUGUGGUGUCAUUCUUCACUCUGCUGUUUGUGGCUACUUGUGAGAUCUGGUGGGGCAUCUUCGGACCCAGCACCUCCUACACCAUCAACCUGAUUGCCGUGGCUAUCGUAGCCCUGGGUUGCACUGUUCAACAGUCCAGUUUCUACGGCUACACGAGUAUGCUGCCCAGUCGGUACACGCAGGCAGUCAUGGCAGGAGAGAGUGGAGCAGGGUUUUUGGUGUCGGCCAACAGAAUUCUGACCAAGAUGCUAAUGGACGACCAGCGAGCUAACACACUCAUCUUCUUUGCUGUUUCUGUCGGCAUGGUGGCACUUUGCUUCUGCUUGCACCAGGCCGUGCGCCGUACUGAUUUUGUUCAGUUCUACCUAACACUUUGUCGAGAGUCAAGGAAGAUAACACUAGAACCCACUGAGGAUGCAGGACUGAUGGAUCCGCUUGACCAGGUGGAGGGCUCAGCUAAGAACCAGUACGGCGUGCUGAAGCUGCAGCCUCAGAGUCCACUGGAGUCAGCAGGACCGGGGUCAGGCCAACAUUUCAGCUUCGCCAAUCCUGUAUACGAGCCAGGAGCCAACCCGGUGGGACCGAGCUACAAGGUGGAGGAUGUCGUCAUCAGGAUGAGGAGUGGGUCAGGAUCCUACCGUCGUGCCGGCUCUGCCAAGGCAUGGACUGCUAUCAAGAAAGGGCUGGUAGCAAGGUGGGAGGUGGCACGUAACAUAUGGCACUACAUGCUCUCCAUCGCCCUGGCAUACUUCGUCACUCUCUGUCUCUACCCAGGGAUAGAGUCAGAGAUUGUCAGCUGCAAGUUUGGCAACUGGAUGCCUGUCAUUCUCAUGGCCGGAUUCAACGCUGCCGAUCUCAUGGGAAAGGUGGUGGCCUCAGUGCCUUACGAGUGGUCACGCAGCCAACUACUGGUGUUUGCGAGUCUGCGCGCACUGCUGAUUCCACUGCUGGUGCUGUGCGCGACGCCACGCGAGGCUCCACUCAUCCCCGGGGAAGGUUACCCUCUGUUGUUCUCCCUACUGCUGGGACUGACCAACGGACUGGUAGGCAGUGUGCCGAUGAUACAGGCACCCAGUAGGGUCAGUGAGGAGCACAGGGAGCUCACAGGCAAUAUAAUGACACUAUCAUACAACAUCGGGCUGACUGGAGGAUCUCUGGUGGCCUACGUGUUGGACGCUAUGUUGGGACCUCCCCUCAUAGCUCCCUGCAAGGCGUCCCCUCGUUUUCCCACAAUCCGUACACCCCUGUCCAACUUGACUUCGACCACCCCCACCCCCACCGCCACCACUACUAUCGUAACUGCAGCUAUUGUUAGUUUGACCACAGCUCUGACAACCCUCCCCUCCACACCCCUCUCUACCCCGACCCCAACCACUCUUGCCAACCUAACUAACCUGUAUACCCUCACUGCUCACUAGACUUAGACUUAUCAUGUGAUAAAAGAGGGUUGCCACUUGUUGACAGGGAAAAUGGAUUUCCUUCCAAAAAGUCAAAAUAGUUUGAGAUAGUCCAUAAAUAGGUGAAAUUCACUGGUGAGAAUGGUGGUUUUACAGUCCGUACAGUAUUCCCUUAACCUGUUGGGGAGUACUGACGGCUAUAACGGUCAUCCUACCUAGUGUAUACUAGAGUAAGCAAAAUUAUCCUUAAUGAACUCCAGGGAGUAAAGAAAAAAUUGUUGUUUUCAUUCAAAAUGUAUUGAAACCUUACAAAAUAUCAUAAUAAUGCAUUUUUUGGAUCUACAACUUGAUAAAUUCAUACAUUUUGUUUUUUUUAAGAAUUUUACAAACGUAUGAUAGUGUUCAAAACACGGAUACACACAAAGUGCUACUUCACAUUUUGUGCACUCAUAAGCAGUUUCUUUCCUUCCGCUCACCCCGUGUUAUAUUUGAGCACAUAAAGCAGCAUUUUAGCUUCCUUUGGCCAUUUUCCCUUACUGGUACUGGGCGGGGGAAAUGGCGCCCUGACAAGCGUAGCGGCUGCUGGGCUCCGCCCAACGGACGCGUCACAACUGCGGCCUCUUCUCUUGGUGCAACAUGUGCUUCCAGUAUCUGUCUGAUAACGUUAAUUCGGAAGUCCAUGAUGUGAACCUUAGUAUUUGGGUUUUUUGAUUCCAUGUAUAGCCUAUAAAUGGACGUGGCACGAGAAAAUGACAGAACAUUUGGCGGCAAAUCUGUGAUUAUGUAUUCCGUCACUAGGAGCCAGCACCGUACAUCAAUAAUUACUUUGAACAUUUCACAGUCGAAAUAGUAUGUAAGAACGCCACCAGAGUGCAUACACAGUUGCAAUAUUGAUUGUUUUGGCAACCCCCUCAUGGACGGUCAUAACCGUCAAUACUCUUUUGGUACAACUUACAGCUACUCCUCAACAGGUUAACAGUACAGUGAGUCCCGUGUCGUGUAAUCGUUUAGUUGUCUUUUUACGUUAAGGUUGCAUUUAAAUUUUAGUUAAAAUGGUAAAAAAAGUAGACAGUGAAAGCUGUUGAUCGUUGAUUUAAAAUUACAAAAUAUGGAAAUGGGAGGAUUUAUAUAGAAAGUGAAAAUGUAAAUGGGUGGCUAAAUGUUAACUUGACAGUGCAGUGCAUUAUAGUAUAGUUUACUGGCUAUACAAUAUUGUAUUACCUGAUUGUUCAGUGAAAAACAAUUUAUAAAAUGGCAAAUAUAAUUGUGUGAAAAAAGAAACACUGAAAAAAUACAACAAAUUCAAACUGUUCAUGGUUAAUAUAAAUUUUAUUAGAUCAUUUUUUUUAAAUGCAUCAACAAUUGGUAUCACAAAAUUGGGAAAAUAAAACUUUUUAGGAGUUUUAAAAUAUUAUAUUUUUAAAAUAUACUGAUUUAGACGCAUACAUUUAACCUAAAUUAUACAGUACCUUCAUCCUAAAUUAUUUAUUUAUUUAUUUUUAGUGAAACUACUAUUACUUUUUGUUCUAUCUGAAGUUGUUAAAAUUUAAAUGAAAUUAAAACCUGCAUAAUUGAGUCAUAAUUAUCUACCAUGAGUGUUCAUAAGGAGGGAGAUCGGGGGAUCAAGUCCUCCUCCCCAGAAUGUUGAGACAAAUAUUACAAUUGCGCCCAGUAGUUUGUUUUAAGCUAGAACACAAUUAUGAGUUCUUAAAGCCUAACAAUGUAAUAGGGUGCAAGUCCUCCUCCCCAUAAUAUUGCGUCAAACAUUACAAUUGCGCCCAAUAGUUUGUUUUAAGCUAGAACACAAUUAUGAGUUCUUAAAGCCUAACAAUGUAACAGGGCUGAAGUCCUCCUCCCCAUAAUAUUGAGACAAACAUUACAAUUGCGCCCAAUAGUUUGUUUUAAGCUAGAACACAAUUAUGAGUUCUUAAAGCCUAACAAUGUAACAGGGCUGAAGUCCUCCUCCCCAUAAUAUUGAGACAAACAUUACAAUUGCGCCCAGUAGUUUGUUUUAAGCUAGAACACAAUUAUGAGUUCUUAAAGCCUAACAAUGUAACAGGGCUGAAGUCCUCCUCCCCAUAAUAUUGAGACAAACAUUACAAUUGCGCCCAGUAGUUUGUUUUAAGCUAGAACACAAUUAUGAGUUCUUAAAGCCUAACAAUGUAACAGGGCUGAAGUCCUCCUCCCCAUAAUAUUGAGACAAAUAUUACAAUUGCGCCCAGUAGUUUGUUUUAAGCUAGAACACAAUUAUGAGUUCUUAAAGCCUAACAAUGUAACAGGGCUGAAGUCCUCCUCCCCAGAAUGUCGAGACAAAUAUUACAAUUGCGCCCAGUAGUUUGUUUUAAGCUAGAACACAAUUAUGAGUUCUUAAAGCCUAACAAUGUAACAGGGCUGAAGUCCUCCUCCCCAGAAUGUCGA